CUAAUUUGGGCUGAAAACAAGAGGCUGAACAAGGCGACGGAUGGGGUGGAGAAGAGGGGACCGUACAUCAUGAGCAAGCCUCCCUCUGUUCAUGCCAAGCUGCAGAGGCAGCGUGAGCUAGCGAAGGCAGCGCUGCGAAGGCAGGGGCUGCUGGGGGGACCUGCGCCGCACCAGCCGAAGCCAGCGGCUAAAAGGGCUGAUCCCUUUAACAAGGGCUACACGGCGCUCAGCCAGACGGCAGAUGAAAACCUGGUCUCCCUCGAUUCGGACAGUGACGGGGAGCUGGGAUCCAAAUGUUCCUCAGGCUACUCCUCCGCCGAGCAGGUGAACCAGGACCUGAGCCGGCAGCUGCUACAGGAUGGGUACCACCUCGACGAGGUCCCUGAUGAUGAAGAUCUGGAUCUCAUCCCCCCGAAACCCGUUGCCUCCUCUUCUUGCCUCUGUUGUUUUGGAGAAAAUCUCUCUUGCGUGAUCCAGUAG